CGACUUGAUUUGAACAAAGUUCCUGUCUCUGUUUAAGCCCACAAAGUUUCGAAGCAGAGUGAGUGGGACUGGAGUUAGAGUAUUCAUACAGCUUUCUUUUUUGUUUUUCCUUAAACGAAUGAAAGGAUCCUGAGGACGUUCGUUUCACCUGCGGCUGAGAGCUACACCUGCCUCAGGUACUAUCAUGAUGACACAAGCAGCGAAGGGCGUUGAAUCUCCGCGAAACUUACGUUAGGCCCUAAACUUUAGGACAGAAUCUUCCUUGUGAUAUUAUAGUUUCAGUGCUACUCUCAUCCUCCACAUUUGGACCACCCUUCUGGGUGUAAGUGUAUGUUCGUGAGUAUUGAAGAGGAGCAUUUACAGCUAUGUGCUCCAGUGGGCAGCCUCUGUGUUCAGGAAGCAGGCGUUCACCCACCAAUAGAGAGGGCAGUAGCUCAGGCUCCCAGUAUGCUCUCUGUGCACUGGGGGUGGGCUUGGUGGCACUCGGUGUUGUCAUGAUCGUGUGGAGCAUAGUCCCUUCUAAAAUGACACAGCUUCACAAUGUUACAAACACGAACAACGGAAGUGACAGCGGUGAUGAAGGGAAGACCUCGACUGUUGCAUUUGUGCUGGUUGGAGCUGGUGUUGCCAUGUUGCUCCUUGCUGUAUGUCUCGGGGUAAGGAACAGGAAGAGAAUGAGACAACGGGAAACUACAGGUGCAGGUGGUGCUGAUUAUGUGGAUCGAGUCCGUAGAGAUCAGGAUGAGGAAUCAACUGAUGAACCAGCACCCAACUUUGAUGUCCCCACCUAUGAGGAGGCAGUCACCAGUGGACAGUACCCUGUUCGGCAGAGCAACUUGCGACAGAGCUACCAGCUGCCCUCGUAUGAGGAUCUGAUUGGUGCCGUUGAAAAUGAAGGCCAGCAGCCAAGAGAAGGUAAUGGCCAAGAGGCCUCUCAGCCAGCUCCUGGCCCCGGACCACAGCCUGCGGCAGCCGCUCGCAGCAGCAGCAGGGCCAGUCGCAUCCUCAGACCUCUCAGAGUGCGCAGGAUCAAGUCUGAGAAACUCCACGUGAAGGAUAUUCGUUUGAAUAUCCAAAACCCUGGACAAAGUGGGGUGGUGGCCAUUGAACCGCUGACCCCACCACCACAGUAUGAGGACAAGCCCCCUCAACUACCCACAGAAGUAGUGUAAUGAUUUCAAUCAAUGGAUUUUGUUGAGUGUUUGGAUCUGUGGGUUGUUUCGAAAAAAUGUUGAUUCAUCCGUGCGGAAACAGAAAUUUUUGUGAGAGCUAUAAAUGCAUCUCAAAAUCUGCCAAAUUAUGUAAUAGGAUACCUUCAUGUGCGCUCUCAGUGCUUCUUGGACAAAACACUAAAGCCUACUUGAAUGUUUUUUUUAACAGAACUUUUUAUAGUUGAAGUAUGGAUUAGAGUAGUGCAGGGAUAGGCAACGUCCAUCCUGGAGUGCCGCUGUCCUGCAGAGUUUAGCUCUAACCCUAAUCAAACACACCUGAACAAGCUAAUAAAGGUCUUCAGGAUUACUAAAGCCGAGUUCAGACUGCACGAUUUUUGCCCCGAUUUUGGCUCGCGACAGGUUUUGAGAAAUCGCCGACAAAUGCCUGAAAUCACAGGCAAAUCGGUGCUCGUUCACGCGAGUGACAAUCACACAGUGUGAAUGAGCAAAGACGCGAUCUGAGAGAAUCGCCGACACC